AUGAAUGUGACAAGUUUAUUCUCCUUUACCAGCCCAGCAGUGAAGAAGCUGUCGGGAUGGAGACAGGGUAACGAAGAAGAAAAACGGGCAGAGAAAGCUGUUGAUGCACUAGUGAAAAAACUGAAGAAGAAAAAGGGUGUUAUGGAGGAGCUGGAGAAAGCCUUAAGCUGUCCCGGUCAGCCCAGUAACUCUAUCACAAUUCCUCAUCCCUCAGACGGCAGGCUUCAGAUGUCACACCGGAAAGGGCUCCCACAUGUCAUUUACUGUAGAGUGUGGCGCUGGCCAGACCUGCAGAGCCAUCACGAACCGAAACCACUGGAGUGCUGCGAGUUUCCCUUUGGUUUAAAACAGAAAGAGGUUUGCAUCAAUCCCUACCACUACGGGCGGGUAGAUCCUGUCCUUCCUCCGGUGCUGGUCCCAAGACAUAGUGAGUACAACUCCCAGCACAGCCUCUUGGCCCAGUUCCGCAACCUGGGACAAAACGAGCCCCACGUGCCAUACAACGCUACUCCAUCAUGGAGUACAGGAGUAAAGGCCUGGGAUGGAGGCCUGGGUAUUAUCAGACUUGCAGGAUUAAUCCUAAAGAUGCAGGCCUGA